AAGAUGUAACUAGCUCAACCCGUCUUCCACCUGCAAUUUCACUUCCCAAAAAAGGAACAAACCUUGUUCUUCGACGCUUUCCCCUAAAACACCACCAAACAAAAACAUAAAUAAGGAAAAAAAAAAAUCCUUCCUCUUCAACCAAUCGUUCUCUCAUUCAAUUCAUAAACCAAACCCCAUCUCUAAUUCUUCAAUGGCAUCUCCCUCUCUAAUGGACACCCUUUUCCAGCGCAGUUUAGAUGACAUAAUCAAGGGUCUUCGCCACCAACAAAGUACCGAAUCCACUUUCAUAUCCAAAGUUAUUGAAGAAAUCCGUAGAGAAAUCAAAACCACUGACUUGCAAACCAAAUCCACUGCUCUUCAAAAACUCACUUACCUCAAUUCAAUCCACUCCAUUGACAUGUCAUGGGCAUCUUUUCACGCCAUUGAAUGCAUCUCAUCUCCCACUUUCGCACACAAAAAGAUUGGUUAUCUUGCGAUCUCUCAGUCCUUCAACGAAUCCACACCUGUUAUUUUGCUGAUCACUAAUCAAUUAAGGAAGGAUCUCAAUAGUGGCAAUGAGUUUGAGGUGAGUUUGGCUCUUGAUUGCUUAUCUAGAAUUGGCACUGUUGAUUUAUGUAGAGAUCUUACUUCUGAAGUUUUCACUUUGAUGUCCACUUCUAAGGUUUUUGUUAGAAAGAAAGCUGUAAGUGUUGUUUUAAGGCUUUUUGAAAAAUACCCAGAUGCAGUUAGGGUGUGUUUUAAGAGACUUGUUGAGAGUUUAGAGAGUAGUGAUUGGCAAAUUGUGUCUGCAGUUGUUGGGGUGUUUUGUGAGCUUGCUUCCAGAGAACCCCGAUCAUAUCUUCCAUUGGCACCUGAGUUUUAUAGGAUUUUGGUUGAUUCGAGGAAUAACUGGGUGUUGAUUAAGGUCUUAAAGAUUUUUGCAAACUUGGCUCCUUUAGAGCCUAGGUUGGCUAAAAGGGUGGUUGAGCCGAUUUGUGAUCAUAUGAGAAAGACUGGGGCGAAGUCGAUGGUGUUUGAGUGUAUUAGGACUGUGGUCACUAGCUUCACUGAGUAUGAAUCUGCAGUGAAGCUUGCAGCUGUCAAAAUUCGUGAGUUUUUAUUGGAGGAUGAUCCGAAUCUUAAGUAUCUUGGACUGCAUGUGCUAUCAAUUAUGGCGCCAAAUCAUUUGUGGGCAGUUUUGGAGAAUAAGGAUGUUGUGAUUCAGUCUUUGAGUGAUGAAGAUCCGAAUAUUAAACUUGAGUCUUUGUGUCUGGUUAUGGCAAUGGUUUCAGAGAGCAAUGUCGUGGAAAUUUGCAGGGUUUUGGUUAAUUAUGCGCUCAAAUCUGACCCUGAGUUCUGCAAUGAGAUUCUUGGUUCAAUUUUAUCAACUUGUUGCCAGAACGUGUAUGAGAUUAUAAUUGACUUUGAUUGGUAUGUGUCGCUUCUUGGGGAAAUGUCAAGGAUUCCACAUUGCCAGAAGGGGGAAGAAAUUGAGAAUCAGCUAAUUGAUAUAGGUAUGAGAGUCAAGGAUGUUAGGCCAGAGCUUGUUCAUGUUUGCCAUCAGUUACUGAUUGAUCCAGCAUUACUUGGGAAUCAUUUUCUGCACAGGAUAUUAUCUGCUGCUGCUUGGGUGUGUGGGGAAUAUGUAGAAUUCUCGAGGAACCCAGUUGAACUUAUGGAGGCAUUGUUACAGCCUCGUACUGGUCUCCUGCCUUCAUCAAUCAGAACAGUUUACAUGCAAUCUGCUUUUAAAGUCCUAAUUUUUUGUGUAUGUUCUUACCUUGUGCAAAAGGAAGAUAUGACAUCAGAAGUUUCAGAUUUGGCUUCUAAAAGGGAAUGCUCAGAAAGUUCUGAUUUAGCAUCAGCUAAAGCUCCAGUUGAAUGUGACCAAGAUGAAGGAUUCAAUCCAAGGAAUUCAAACCAAUCUUAUGAAGAUCCUUCUGUUGUUAAUGGUGGGCAUGGACAGUUGUUUACAUCUGCAUUAAUGGAGGAAAAGAGUUUCACGCAUGAAUCUAUUGUUAAACUGUUAAACUUGAUGGAAUUGGCUAUGUGUCCAUUAUCAGGCAGCUAUGAUGUUGAAAUACAGGAGAGAGCACGGAAUGCACUUGGAUUUAUUGAGCUGGUAAAACGGGGUAUAUUGACUCCUUUGCUGUGCAAGGAGGCAAAUUUGGAGACCGAAGAAGUUAGUGCUUCCAGAAUUGUUCAAUGGGUACAUGAUGCUUUCUCAGAGGAGAUUGGUCCAGUCUCAAUAACUGCCCAGGAUAGAGUACUAAUACCAGAUGAGCUAGUGCUUAAGGAGAAUCUUGCUGACUUGGAAGCAAUAUGUGGAAAUUUAGAAUUGCCUUCAUCUUGUUCAUUUUCUCUUAGAAGUCCAUAUUAUGGAGAAAGUGCUGGCAUUUCAUUCUCUAACCUCCAAGAUGAAGAAGAUCCAGAACCAUCAACCGAGGCCACUUCCUUGCUUACAGAACACCGGAAGCUGCAUGAGUUGUAUUACCUCCCUUCAGAAAAGAACGAAACUAUAACUAUAGCAAAUGAUUACCCACCUGCCAAUUAUCCAAGUUCUGGCAUUAAUACAAAUAAUGACACCCAAGAUUUAGUUACGCUUACAAACCAGUCACUAGUCUCAAAUAGAAAGCCAAACCAUGCAAAGCCUAGGCCCGUGGUGGUGAAGUUGGAUGAAGGAGAUGCAGCACAUGCCACCGCUAAGAAACCAGAGGUGAAAGAUGAUUUACUUUCUGGUGCCAUUCGUGAUAUACUCUUAUUAGGUAAUGAAGCUAAACCUGCGUCAUCUCAGAGUAAUCCAUCUGAUAAGUCAUAUAUUAAGAAAAAAGGGAAGGAGAAACUAAACGUUGAUCUAUCUGAUUCAAAAGAAGAUCUAGCUGUUAGAGAACAGCCCAAUCCUGAAAAUCCAAGUUCAAGGAGAAGUAAACACAGGGGUCAUGGUAAAGAGAAAAGCAAAAAAAGUCGAGGGAAGAAGGAUGGGGAUGGAAGCGAAGAUGGUGGGGAGAAAGAAAAACAGAAGAGUAGAAAUCGUAAUGGUAAACACAAAACUCGUCAAAGAACUGAUGCACCAUUAAAUGUGGUUGCUCAAACACCACCUAUUCCUGAUUUUCUCUUAUAACAUUAAAACUUUGGAUCAGUGCUGCUACUUGUGACUACCGAAGUGAAGGUGGUUGAAUUCAUCCCAUGUAUUCAACCACUUUGAAUGCUAAGAUUAGUUGUUUUUGAUUUGUCGGCUGUAGAUUAGAUAUAUUCAUUUUUUGUAAAGAUAUUGUGCUUUUGUUAGAACUUUUUAACUCUGGGAUUGCUUUCGAAUGUAAGACACUGUAAAAAAGCAAAAUUGAAAUGUUGAAAUUGAGAUUGGACAAGUGAACAAAAAAAGAAGAGAUUGAGAUUGCUUAGAUCUCUUAGCUAAAAA